ACUUCUGCCGGGGAAAAGAGCUAGGAAAGAGCUGCAAAGCGGUGUGGGGUUUUUCCUUUUUUCUGCUCCUUUUAAUAACCCCCUCCUCCGUUUGCACCCUUCUCCGGGCUUCACGCAGAACCUACGAAUCUCGAAGAGGUGGUGGCAGAGUGGGAGCAAAGAGGUGUUAGAAUUUUGGAUUCGGGGCUUUUUUUUUUUUAAUUUCUCGAUUUCGACAUUCUCCCCCACCCUCGCGGCUUCAGCCGCCGCCUCUUACCUGUUCCGCGGCAGCCGCGCGCCGCUGGCAGCUGAGGGUUAGAAAGGAGCAGGGUGUACUUUAGAUCUUAAACAAAAUUUUUGAAGACAAAUCCAUUUUUCUCCCCCCACCCCAUUCUCCUCCACAGCCUCCGAGCUCAUUAUUCCGGUGGUUGCUUUGAGGUGAACAAUUUUUGGCUUUUUCCCCUCUGCAGUUCUGACCAGCUCCGGCUUGAGGGCUUGUCUCUCCAGCCUCCACUCCCUCCGCGUGCACCUGGCGCUGCUCUUUUCCCCCCAACCUGUUGCAAGUCUUUAAUCCUUGCAGUUGGGGCUUGCUUGCAGGCACCGCAGCCCUCCGUCUCUCCCCACAUUUUGCCAUUGUCUGGGGGAGGGCACCUGCUCUACCUGCCAGAAAUUUUUUUUAACAAGAAAUUUCCCCGGGCGCCCUCUUGGCCCCUUUCUCCCUGCACUCUCGCUCUCCUGCCCCGCCCCAAGGUAACGGGGGAGACUCGGAGAAGAUGGUGCUCACCGCGGUCCUCCUGCUGCUGGCCGCCUUUGCGGGGCCAGCCCAGAGCCUGGGCUCCUUCGUGCACUGCGAGCCCUGCGACGAGAAAGCCCUCUCCAUGUGCCCCCCGAGCCCCCUGGGCUGCGAGCUGGUCAAGGAGCCGGGCUGUGGCUGCUGCAUGACUUGCGCCCUGGCCGAGGGGCAGUCGUGCGGCGUCUACACGGAGCGUUGCGCCCAGGGGCUGCGCUGCCUCCCCCGGCAGGACGAGGAGAAGCCGCUGCACGCCCUGCUGCACGGCCGCGGGGUUUGCCUCAACGAAAAGAGCUACCGCGAGCAAGCCAAGAUCGACAGAGACUCCAGGGAACAUGAGGAGCCGACCACCUCCGAGAUGGCAGAGGAGACCUACUCCCCCAAGGUCUUCCGGCCCAAGCACACCCGCAUCUCCGAGCUGAAGGCCGAGGCAGUGAAGAAGGAUCGCAGGAAGAAGCUGACCCAGUCCAAGUUCGUGGGAGGAGCCGAGAACACUGCCCACCCCCGGGUCAUUUCUGCGCCGGAAAUGAGACAGGAGUCUGAGCAGGGCCCCUGCCGCCGACACAUGGAGGCUUCGCUGCAGGAGCUCAAAGCCAGCCCGCGCAUGGUGCCCCGAGCCGUGUACCUGCCCAACUGCGACCGCAAGGGAUUCUACAAGAGAAAGCAGUGCAAGCCUUCCCGCGGCCGCAAGCGUGGCAUCUGCUGGUGCGUGGACAAGUACGGGAUGAAGCUGCCCGGCAUGGAGUACGUCGAUGGGGACUUCCAGUGCCACACCUUCGACAGCAGCAACGUGGAGUGACGCCUCCCCUCCCCGCCUUUCCCUCGCCCCAUCCCACCCCAGCCCCAACUCCAGCCAGAGCCUCCCUCCACCCCAGGACGCCACUCAUUUCAUCUCAUGUAAGGGAAAAGAAUACAUAUAUCUAUCUAUUUGAGGAAACGGAGGACCUCGGAAUCUCUAGCAAGGUCUCAACUUGGAAAAUGGCAACAAUGGAGAUUCAGAAAGCUAAGGAGACACCCCACAAAAUGGUUUUCUUUUCGAGGCAAGUUGAAUGAACAGGGAAGGGAAGAGAGGAAGAAUGAGAGAGAGAAAGAGAGAGAGAGAGAGAAGGAGCGGGAGAGGGAGAGAGAGGUAAGCAUAUGUGUAACAGACAGGGAAAGACAAACAGAGUUGGAAAAAGAGAAGAGGAAAGUGGGUGAGAAAGCAGGUGCACUGGGCCGUGGAUGGCUCCACCUUGCUGUCCAGCCUGGCCCGAGAUGGGGAAACAAGAUGGCCCAACAUGUGACGUUCGAUGAUACACCUAGGGUUUUCCCAGUUUGGAUGGGUCACAGGGGGAGCAAGGAAAAGAUGAAGGUGUCGGUGCCUCUCCCGGGUCUGUCUCCUCCUCCAGCCAGCAGCUGUAUGGCUCCAG